GCCGCGAGCGCUACAAGAGUACACGACGAGACGAGACAGAGGCCGAGCUGUUCAUCCUCUCCUCUCCUCAGCUCUUCUCCCACGAUCUCUCCUCCAACCUUCCGAGGUCUCCGCCGCUCCACCUCCGGGGCUCCGGCCUCGCGCCCGUCGGCACCGCCCGCUCCCGCAUUCGCCCCCGUGAGGAAAUAGCCAUGGAGUGUUUGACUACGAGUUUUGCAAGGAAUGCGGGAAGGGAGUGUAAUCUCUUAUGUCCGAGCGAAGUUCUGUCUGAAAAGCACAGGAUCCAGAGAAGGGUUCUAUGCUAUUUUCCAGCUUCCGCACACUCAAGCCAACGUCACAAGUUCACAACUAUGGCAUGCCCUGUUAGCCCAAUAGGUGGAAGACGUUCAAAUUGGAGAUCUUUUGCAGCAAGCCUGAAUUUAGAAGAUGGUCCUGCAUCCUCUGACUCAACAUCAUCCCCUUCAGAGCAAACUAGUGGUGCUGGCGAAGUUGCUUAUGGUGAUUCUUCUGAAGAACUGCUUUCUCGGAAGCUUAACUCUGACGAGCUGAAAACUCUUUUGGCUGAUUCAGAACGAUCUAAGCUUUUGAAAAAGCUUAGUGAAGCAAACCAAUACAACCGGUUCCUCAAGAGACAGUUGCAAAUGAAGGAUGAUGAUGUUGUAAAGUUCAAGAGUGAACUUGCCGUUUUGGAACUUGAACUGCAGGCUCUGGUUGGCCUAGCUGAAGAGAUUGCUAAUUUUGAUGUUCCAUCUGGGUCUAGGAAGAUAAAUGGAAAAUAUGUCCAGUCACAUCUUCUCACCAGAUUAGAAGCUGUUCAUGAUAAGGUUAUGGAACAAAUUAAGGACGUAGACUCUUUAAAGCCCCAAGAAAUUUCUGUCUACUGGGUUGGCAUGGCUGAGAAUGUACAAAUUAUGGGCUCCUUCGAUGGCUGGUCCCAGGGAGAGGCAAUGUCCAUGGAAUAUUCGGGUGACUAUGCAAGAUUCUCUGCAACUCUGAAUCUUAGACCUGGGAGGUAUGAGAUCAAGUUCUUGGUGGAUGGAGAGUGGAAGCUGUCACCAGAGUACCCAAUUAAUGGUGAAGGUUUAACGCAGAACAAUAUACUUGUUGUGAAUUAGUAGUAGAUAUCAGUUGGCUUUGUCGUAGUUGUAAAUUGUAGCCAUAAAAACUAGUGCAAGAUGUAACUGUACCCAAUUAGCAUGUAUGUGUGUCACAAAAAUUCACUUUACCAUGAAUGCAAGGCAUCAUUUGCCUGAUUGGAUGUACAUUUAGCUCAGAAUUCACACCAUCAGUCUGUGGAAAUUCUGCCAAAGUACCAAUUAUGAAAUGGUCCUACAUAAUAUAGAAUUGGAUUGGAUCUUUUAUGCUGCUGUAAGAGUAUCCCAUUUUUCUAAU